AUGAGCAGCGAUCAUCAAGAUCCUCGUGGCUUCCCGCCACCCACCACCAUCGACGAACUCCACCGCCAACCAUCUUCAUCCACCACCGGAAACAACCUCUCUGAUUUUCCCACACCACGUCUUCUCCAUACUCCAUCUCCAUUAAUGUCGCUUGAAGUUGAUACUAACGCCCUAGAAUCACCAGUUUCAGCCGCUCUCGGCAGCCCAAUCUUUACCACUCCGUCAACUUCUUUCGACGGUGCAGCACCGGCAACCACCACCACCACUACCGUAAAUACCCACAACCCACUUCGCCAAACUUCAACAGACACCAAUUCAUCUGCCAAUCAAGAUCCGCCAUCAAUCGCCACAACAUCAUCCAAAGUCCUGGAGCCACCAACAAGAAACAUCCUACUCCGCCACUCACAUUUCGAUCCAAUCAAAACUGAUUCUUAA